ACACACUGCCGACAGCAUUUAGCGUAUUUAAACGGUGACAUGCUUUGAGCGUGUGUUGGAGAUGAGCGAGGCUGGAAGCUAAUUUCUAUGCGCUGAUGUCCUGCAGGCGUGCAGCCGGCAUGUCCACAAGUUAUCCCACCCCGGUUUACUCCCAUGCUGGACGAGGAGACUUCCAAGAUGUUUACGAGCCGGCGGAGGACUCUUUCCUGUUGAUUGACGCCCUGGAAAAGGACGCCGAGAGACUGCAGCGACUACGCCCCUGCGUUUGCGUGGAGGUGGGCAGCGGCUCAGGAGUGGUGUCGGCAUUUCUGGCAUCAGUAGUUGGACCUUCAGCUUUAUAUCUUUGCACUGAUGUGAAUCCUGCAGCAGCACAGUGCACAGCGAUGACGGCCUCCUGUAACAGCGUUUCACUGCAGCCCAUCAUCACGUCCCUGGUGGAGUGUCUUCUGUCCCGCUUAACUGGGAAAGUGGAUGUUCUUCUGUUCAACCCUCCCUAUGUAGUCACACCUUCAGAAGAGGUUGGCAGCACAGGUAUAGAGGCGGCCUGGGCCGGAGGGAGGCGAGGACGAGAGGUGACGGACAGACUUCUCCCCGUGGUAGCGCAGUUGCUGUCCAGCGAAGGGUUAUUUUACCUGAUUACCAUUGCUGAGAACGAUCCCGAGGACAUCGUCUGUUUACUGGGCCAGCACGGCUUGAAGGGGGAGUCGUUCUUGUCUACCAGAGCUGGAAACGAGAGGCUGUCUGUCCUGCGCUUCCAAAAAAGGUGACGUGGUUGUCGGUGCUCGGCUCGCCUGAUUCUGUCAGACAGGCUCUCCUCCCCGUCGCCGCCACGCAGAGGCACCGCCUCCUGCACGACGAUGGCUCCCACAUCCACCUGUUCUUAGACACGAAGACCAUGACACUGCGUGACUCGCUAAGGUACUGGCACUGGUACUAGCAUAACAACAAUGUAGUCGUAACAUCAUAACAGUGUUAUGUCGUGAUGUUAUAGGUUACAUUGAUACAUAGCAAUAAUAACGUGAAUAUUGUUGCUAUAUAACAAGUACACAGACCAGCAUUGACUUGCAACAGACUUUCAUUCGUGUAAACGCUCUCAGCAAUGUCUUUGUAAUAUGAUGAUUGCGUGUACAUCAAGAAGAGAGAAAUUUGAGCUGAACGCCUCGCAUUGAUAACAAGCUGUUGGGCAGAUGUGUUUACCACAUUCAUCAUCGUACUUUAGCCUGUUAACAUGCUGACAUUUGCUAACUGUACAGCUGAGACUGAUGGGAAUAUCAACAUUACUGAAGAUCUGAUUCGUUUUGUGGAGAAAAUUCAUCUGAAUAAAAUUUCACACCACUCCAGCUGAUGGUGCGGCUAAAAAUAGUUUCAGUUUGUAAAAUCUAAAAAAAAAAGAGAGGAUUAAGAGCACAUUUCUGUUCCCCUUAACGCCAAAAAGGUGAUUCACCAACAGUCCAAAGGGAUCAGGGCAGCUGUAGCUGAGGUCAGCCCGAGGACGCAGAGAGACGGCAAAUAUGGCGUUAAGAUAACAGCAGCUCACACAGGAUCUUUUCUGAACGAUAGAUGCACCCAUAUGAGAAUAAACACACCAUGUAUCUCAUAUACCUGCCAUUACUUCUGAGCCAAAUUUUGAUCCGGUUUAGGAUUCUUAUUUUUUGGCCAAUCCACCAAAGCCAAGAUUGAGUUGAGGUUUUAAUCUUUUCAUUUGAUUCUUAUUUGUCCCAAAUGAUGACAAACAAAAUAUUUUUAGUCCUGUUUUCUAUCAACAAUAUGACUGUUGACAGACAGUGACAAACCUAGCAGGUUCUCCCCCAAAAACAGGAUCAUGGUCUUAAAGUCCGAGCUUCAGUUUGGUCCCCACUGUGCCUGUCCCAGACACUGGGAUCGGGUCUACAAAACCUGCUGCCUUAAGGUCAAACAGAACCAGCAGAGCGUCACAGGACGCAUUACAGCCUGCUGAAACAAAACCCGAGUUACAGUCAUGGAUGUUGUUUCAUCCAGUCUCUGUAAUUUGAAUAUUGAACUUAGUUCUGCCCCACAAACAAAAUGACUGCGUUUACAUUUGCAAUUUAUAAUUAUUUUAUUUCUUCGUGAGAAAAAGUCAUUUCAGUCAGCUGCUUUAUACAAGGAAAUACUCUCCCACUGUGUGUGUGUGUGUGCCUGACCGCAGAGUGUUUAAUCAUUAUUUGGACAAAGUAUUUUCUGGCUCAGUGUUAAGUUUCUGAGUAUGGCGUUAGCAGGGCAGGACUUUACUUGGCCAGAGGCUUGAUUGUGUCCAGUCAAUUUAAUUCACUGUGUGUAUGAUUUUUAUGGUAUUAAUACAUAAUAUUUUAUAUAAUUAUUCUAAUUUCACACAUUUUUGUACGUGUAAUAAAUGUGGAAGACUGUCCUGCUGAAAACUGGCCUGAAAAAAGGUAUAAAUAAAAUAUUAAAUGUGUGGACAUCACUGACAUAGAAAACGGCCCUAAAAUUGCAUUCAUUGAUUCAAUUUUUGCAACAAAGUGCACAUUUGUUAUUUGUUUUAUUUGUUUACUUUUUGACUAACCUGCACUGCUGUAAUGUGCUACUGGAUGCUUUAAUUUCCCUCGGGAUCAAUAAAGUAUCUAUCAAUCUA